UUCCUUCUUUAAUCUCACUUCUCGCUAUAUAUACGCCAUCUGAUGGGGGAAAUGGAUUGUCGGAGGUAUAAUUAAUUAAAUUCUUCUAAGAUAUAGGAAUUGAAGAACCAGAGCCUGCGAAUAGGUGGUGGUUUUGAUCAGGAGUUUAAAGCUCGGAUCAGAGAAGACAAAUACUUGUUGUAGCUGGAGAUUGAUGGUUGGCGAAGGAGACAUGUUGCCGGAGAUUGCCGAACCGGCCGCCUCUGACGAGCUCUUGAUUGAGAUCUCGAGUCCUAUCGCGGAGCAGCUGCUCGAUUUCUGCGACGGCGACGGGGGAGGCACCGGUGGGCUUUUCGUCCAUUCCGACAACUCCAUCUUACUCCCUUCCUACGAGGACGGCGUCUCUUCUUCACCGGAGGCAUAUGCCGUCGCCGCCACCGAUGGCCCGGCGGCUCUGUGCUGCUAUGGAGUCGACGACAACGCGGCCGCAGGAUUCUCCUCCUCACGCUCCCUCUACGCCCUCUUCGACGCCCCUCCACCACCGCCCGACUCCGACCCUGACCUCUCAUUCUACCCUUCUUCUUCCUCGUCUUCCUCCGACCUCCUCCCCCCUCCUCCGUCGGCGGAGGCGUUCCUAGUCCCGCCGGGGCCAGCGAUGUAUGUCGGGGACCCUUUCGACCAGGUGAUUCUGAAGGAGAGCAUGACGGACGGGUACUCAAUCGACCUCGCCACGGUGGUGCCGAUGCCGUCGGCUGGAGGAUCUGCGAUGGGUCAACCGCCGCAAGGGGGGUUCGAGGAGCCCUGCUACGUUUUGCCAGAAAUGGCAGGGCUGAACGCACCUUCGUUCGAGUUUCUACAAGGCAUUAACGCAGCGCUCUACGGCGGAGGCGACUCCCAAGAUCUCUUCGGUGGCGGCAUGCCGGCCAUAGGCUCCACCGCCAGGCUCCUGACCGAUGUGGCAGAAAACGGGGCUCCAGUGUGCUCGUUCGUGCAGGACGCCAUGCGAUCGCACUCGUACAACUCCGGCGAUUUGCAGGUGAUAGGUGGAGGCAGCCAGCACCCGAUGAUGGGAUGCAACAGCAGCAGCAGCAGCGCGAGGCCAAUGCCGACCUCCGACGCGAUCUCGUCGCUGGACGAUCCCACGUACAAGGUCUGCCGCUUGUCCGUCGAAGAGAGGAAGGAAAAGAUCCACAGGUACAUGAAGAAGAGGAAUGAGAGAAAUUUCAGCAAGAAAAUCAAGUAUGCUUGCAGAAAAACUCUAGCAGACAGCCGGCCCCGAGUGCGUGGAAGAUUUGCCAGAAACGAUGAACUCGGAGAGGUGGCAAGACAGAGAUCAUCGAGUGCCAAUGAAUUCGACGACGAUGAAGAAAUGGUGGUGAAAGGAGAAGGCAUCCUCGACUCCUCUAACAUCCUCGCACAUAUCAAUGGAGUCAAUUCGUUCAACUACAACUACACUCUUGAGUCUUGGAUUUGACUGAGGAAGAACAGAAAUCAUUCAUCAUUCACUAGCUUAAUUAGUUUUCUUGGGUGGUCCAAGUUUCAACCCCAAGAUUAUUUGUAUCCCUGCAUUCGAAUAAUUUGGAGUUGAAGGUAGAUAGGAGGAAAAAGACAAUGGAGAUUCAUGUACACUUCUGAAAAUCUAAGCACUUUGAUGACAGAAUUUACACAAUCUAGUUUUGUCUU